GCCUUCAACUAACGGAUCGAAAGGACCUCAUGCGAUCUUGUGGCAGAGUACAAAUGGAAGACGUCAAUGACUUGAUGGGUUCUCCCAAUGACUUUCCCAGAAGUGGGCACUCGUCGAUGCCUCCUCAGGCCCCAGCCUCCUCCACCACCCGAUCGAUAGCCGACUUCUUCACCCGAGCUCUCUCGUCGUUCCAGAGCUCGGGCUCCAAAUUCUCCAUCGUCUGCACCGCACCCCCGGCACUGUGCCGCGGCGGCCAUGACGAUGGUCAGCUGCCAGCGCCGCUCCCUCCCCGCGCCCGCCCGCGGACCCUGAUUGUGCUUGACUCCUCGUUCAACCCGCCGACCCGCGCCCACCUUCGCAUGGCCACUUCUGCGGUCCAUGAUAUCCUCACACGCAAGCAAGGCCGGGAGGGGGUAAGCGGGCUGCGGCUGCUCCUGCUGCUGUCCGUCAACAAUGCCGACAAGGCCGUCAAGCCGGCGCCGUUUGACCAGCGCAUGGUGAUGAUGUGGGCCUUUGCGGGGGAUUUGCAACGCGCUUUAGUAUCGUCACAAUGCCAACACGAGGUUACCGAGUCCGUUCUUUCUUCGGAGGGAAAUGAAGACGGACAGAAAGGGCAAAAAGCGAACCGGACGGAGACGGAGACAGAGACGGAGACAUUGAGCGUUGAUCUCGGCCUCACGACAGUGCCCUAUUUCCACGAAAAGAGCGCCGCGCUGGCUGAGUUGGCUUUUUACAAUAGUGACAAUGGGAAGUCUGAUCGAGACGCGGACGGCGUGGUCGAAGGCAACACCGAAACAGAGACAGAGCAGGUCUUCCUCGUUGGCUUCGACACGAUGAUUCGCAUCUUCAACCCAAAAUACUACGGUCCCUCUCCCGAUUCCGCUGGCCAGGUCGAGGCCAUCACGCCCAUGCACAGGGCACUGGGUCCCUUCUUCUUUCGUGCAAAGCUGAGGGUGACGAUGCGGACGGACGAUGAGUGGGGCGGGGCGGAGGAACAGACGGCAUAUCUCGAGGGUCUGUUGGGGGCCGAAGGGUUGAAGAGGGUCGGCGGAAGCAGAGACUGGGGGGACAGGAUCGAGAUGGUUGGGGGGCGCAAGGUCGGUGCCGAUGUCAUCAGCAGUACCUACGCGCGGGCCGCGGCGAAGGAGAGGGACUGGGACAGGCUUGACUUGAUGGUUCCACCAGAGGUGGGAUGGUGGAUCGAGCAGGAAGGGUUGUACGCUGAGUAAUGGUUGACGCGCUGGGUAUAGAUGAUGGUAGACCUGGGCUCUGUGAUUGCCUCUAAUCAGGCACGUCUCGAUAGCCAGCCGUCGCCCGCUGAGCGUUGGGGGUCGUCAGAGGUUGGAAGCCGUCCAUGAUCAUCGCAGGGCACGUGUAAUUAAUUGCGGGCAACAAGCUGAACGUCGGGGGCUAAACUCGGCUGUCUUUACCCCCCAACCAGGCAUCAUCCACCAGAUAGUUGACCCGUUACCCCUCUCCUUUCCCACACCUACCCAGAAA